UUAAUCAAGAAACGUUGAGCGAGCUCUAUUCGCAGGGAGAGAGAGCGAAAAUGGAGGAAGAUGGGUUUGAGGGAGAACCGAAUAGAGUGGAGCUAGGGACUUGCUUGAGUAGCUACAUCGACAAUGGCUCCACAGAGAGCCACAGAUACUUCCUUUGCCGAAGAACAGUUCUGGAGAUGCUUAGGGACCGCGGUUACACUCCCACCACCUCUGAUGCCGACCUCACUCUCCAACAAUUUCGAGAAAUUUACGGCCAAUCGCCCGAUGUUGAUCGCCUCAAACUCUCCGCCGUUCAUCGCUCCGAUCCCUCCAAAAGAAUCCUGGUAAUAUUUUGUGGGACUGGUUCAGUCAAGGUUAAUGCUAUUCGCAAUAUUGCUGGCCAAAUUGUUAAUAAAGACACUUUGCACGGUCUCAUUCUAAUUGUGCAAAAUCAAAUUACAAACCAAGCUAUGAAAGCAGUUGAUCUUUUCUCAUUCAAGGUUGAAAUAUUCCAGAUUACUGACUUACUCGUUAAUAUCACAAAGCAUGCGUUAAAGCCAAACCAUCAAGUGCUAACCGAGGAAGAAAAACAAAAGCUUUUGAAACAAUACAGCAUAGAGGAGAAGCAGCUUCCUCGCAUGCUACGCACUGAUGCUAUUGCUCGAUACUAUGGACUUGAGAAGGGGCAAGUCGUAAAAGUGACUUACGAUGGCGAUAUGACCAUGUCGCAUGUAACUUACCGUUGUGUCUGGUGAUAGCGUAUAAAUGCAGGUUUCGCCAACCAUAUUUUGGAUUUUUUUCUCAUUGAACUUGAUUAGUUUUGUCUCUUAAACAUGUAUGCUCUAGAACUCCUUGUAUUUACUAGGUUUCCAGUGUAGAUUUUCAUGACUACAGGUUUCUGCAAGAUAUUUGUAUCCACAAUUACUGCAGACAUGACUGAAAGGAGGUACUUGAAACUCCCUCCCGCCCCAACCCCGCCCCAGAUAUUUUGAAAUAUGCAAGUUGUGUAUUAAAGGAUAACCACAUGAAUCAGAUAAGGAGGAAAUUAGUAGUUGUAGAGGA